CUGUCAUUAAUGACUAGAAGGCAUAUCUACAACGACAUUUAACGCUGCUUAACAUGUACACUUACAUGCAAAUAUAUAAUUUAAUAAUUGUAUACCUUGCGCUGUCGGUUGGAAAUAUGAUAAGUUUCAUCAAUUGUCAGAAAUCAAUUGCGCUGAAUACAGAGCAUGAUAUUUUAAUGCAUCUUGUGGACAAGAUGCAGGCGAUGCAUGAAAAGAUUGGGCGUUUGGAAGCAAAUGAGAAGAAGCUGAGGGAGUCAAUCAGCGUUCUGAUCGGGACAAAUGCACAGUUUAGAGUUAAGAUCGAGGAUCUCACGAAAAGACUUGCGAUUGCCGAGUCAAAUAUCGCCCAGAAUAGUAACUUGGUAAAAGAGUCCGCACAAAAUGGAGGUCACAGAAUUAAAUCAGAGACGGGAGGCAAGGAAGUUACGACCCCAAGCGAAAUGGACAAGGGCCAUUGUCACAAACAAACCAGCAAGAGGCAAAAUCCCACGGGAGCUAUCGCGUUCACAGCAUAUCUCGAUCACGUUCUUCAACUUCGUAUGGAACAAGCUGUGCCAUUCAACAGGCUUCUCUUGAAUGAAGGCCAUGCGUACAAUAAUUCGACAGGCAUUUUCCGGGCACCAGUUUCGGGCAUCUAUUUGUUCUCAUGGGCCGUCACGGCUAGAAAGCUGUCCGGAAAGCAUGCCUAUGACGUGUGGGUGAAACUUGUUGUCAAUGGAAACCAUCAGCUCGGGGCCGUCGCAGAAACCCAAAGCGACUCGGGAUGAUAAUCAAGGAAGUAACGUUGCCAUCCUUCGAUUGAACGCUGGGGAUGACGUAUGGACCUCCCACUAUAGCUCCUCUUCAGAUAUCUACGGUGACGACUCGGAAAGGACCACGUCGUUUUCCGGAUUUAUGCUUUAUGAAGUGGAAGCACCAACCAUAGUUGGUUAACGCUGUUCUUAGUUAUAGAAUUUCCGAUAUCGUAAUAACGGUAUUAAACAUUUUCAAAAAUU